AUGACCGACACCAAAACAUUAGAUUUUUCUACAUUCCACAAUGUGAUCAAUAAUCAAUUGACCACGACAUCGGAAACCCGGCAUGGGAUCAACCCUGCCAACACUCAGCCUAAUCCACCCGUACCACUUUCGACCCAGGAUGAUCUUGACAAGGCCGUAAAGGCGGCUCAACAUGCUUUCAAGGGCUGGGCCAAGACCUCUUUUGAAGAACGACGUAAAGCCCUGCAUGCCUGGGCUGAUGCCAUCGAACUUAAUGCCGAUGGAUUCGCGAAAACCCUCACAAUGGAACAGGGAAAACCAUUGACUCAAUCAUCUGCGGAGGUGGGUAUGGCAGGUAUAUGGAUUCGUGGUCUCACCGCUAUUGAGAUUCCCGACAAUGUCAUCGAGGAAACCGAAGAUAGGAAGAUUGUGCAACGCCACACACCUAUCGGCGUGGUGGGCGCCAUUGUCCCCUGGAACUUCCCUGUCCUUUUGGCUAUCGGCAAAAUAGCCUCUGCUGUAUACACCGGAAACCCCAUUAUUGUGAAGCCGUCUCCUUUCACACCUUAUUGCGGCUUGAAGCUGGUCGAGCUUGCCACCAACUUCCUGCCUCCUGGCGUGGUUCAAUGUCUAAGCGGUGAUGAGUCCCUUGGCCCGUUGUUCACUGCUCACCCUCGAAUUGAGAAGAUCAGCUUUACUGGGUCGAUUGCUACUGGCAAGCGGGUUAUGGCUGCAUGUGCCACGACUCUCAAGCGAGUUACUCUCGAACUGGGUGGCAAUGACCCGGCAAUUAUCUGCGAGGAGGUUGAUAUCGAUGCUAUCAUCCCCAAGAUUGCAAUUCUCUCUUAUUUAUGUAGCUCGCAGAUCUGCAUGAUGAUUAAACGACUUUAUGUACACGAGAAGAUCUACGACGAAUUCUUGAACAAAUUCGUCACCUUUGUCAAGACCCUGAAAGUCGGUGAAGGCACCGAGGCAGAUACCUUCUUCGGACCUGUUCAAAAUCUGAUGCAAUAUAAAAAAGCCAAAGACCUGUUCAGCAGCAUUGGCACUGAAAGCCUGAAAGCUGCACUUGGAGGCUCGAUUGAGAACUCUUCCGGGUACUUCAUCCACCCGACCAUUAUCGACAAUCCCCCGGAGACAUCGCGCGUGGUACAGGAAGAGCCGUUUGCUCCCAUCCUGCCCGUCCUGAAAUGGUCGGAUGAGGACGAUGUCCUUGAGCGUGCGAAUGCUUUGGAGACCGGAUUGGGCUCUUCUGUCUGGAGUAAGGAUUUCGAACGCGCAAGUCGCAUGGCAGAUCAACUCCAGUCCGGUUGUGUGUGGGUAAACAGCCACUUUGAUGUGGCGCCGAAUGCACCCUUUGGUGGCCACAAGCAGAGCGGCAUGGGUGUCGAAUGGGGUCUUGAUGGGCUGCUUGGGUACUGCAAUUCGCAGACUCUGUGGCUGAAGAAGAGUUUCUAG